AUGCAAAAGCAGCGUUGUGGAAUUCAAACGUCAGCGUUGAGGCUAUCAAACGGUUACAUUUUACCUGAGGGCAAACUGACACCUAAUACCCUGUUUGUUGGGGGCAUCGACAUGAAGGUGGAAGAAAACGAGAUCCGAGAUUUCUUUGCUAGAUAUGGCACUGUAAAAGAGGUUAAGAUAAUCACCUACCGUGGUGGUAUUUGCAAAGGGUAUGGAUUUGUUUAUUUCAGUGAGGACGUUGACAUCCAGACCAUCAUUGAUCAACAGAUCACUUUUAAAGGGAAGAAACUCAAACUGGGUCCUGCAAUCAUGAAGGAGCGGAGUGCUCGUUCAGUGCAGUCCCCUCUGAUUGGUCCAUCUCAGUGGAUUAGUCCUUCUCCCUACCUUUACUGUACCUGCUGCACACCUGUCUUGGCCCCCUCGUCACCAGUGCUGAGUGGAGGUGGUCAGUACCUACAGCCAUAUUCCUUCUCCAGCUUUCCAGGAGUCAUGAUGCCUCAGGUGCCUGUGAACUAUGCACAGACAACUUACUCCUAUCCGUAUCCCCUGCCACAGUGGUGCGGUGACCAGAGAUCAAGGCUCAUCAAUCAGAACUGUGUGGAUUGUGGGGUCCAGACCUUGCUGACUCUUCUAUAGCCCCUUUACCAUGCAAUGGUGGACUGAGUGAGCUUACUUCGAAGCUGAAGCUGGCAUUUUGAAGGAGAGGGCAGAAAAUUGUGGAAGAACACCCUCAGCUUUCUACCGCUGAUGUGAUUU